AUGGCGUAUCUUCAAAUGGAGCUUGCUGAGUUUGGUUCAAUUCGCCCGCGCUACUUAAAACUCCCCACACAAGAGAUCUGGAAGGUUUUUGCUCACAUAAUCUCAGCAGUAGCGUAUAUACACUCAAAAUCGUACAUGCAUUUAGAUAUUUCACCAUCAAAUAUCUUACAAUGUUCUCAUCCAAUUGUCGGAAAUAUAUACAAACUAGCGGACUUCGGAACAACGCUACCCGUAGAUAAUUUUAAAGAGGAUUUUGAAGGUGCAGGACCAUAUGUAUCUCCAGAAACACUUCAGUAUCCCAAUACUGAAUAUCCGGUUUCUUCUCCAACAGAUAUUUUUAGCUUGGGUGUAGUAUUGCUUGAAAUGGUCACUCGUAAAUAUGCUCCUCGUGCUUUUCCAGCAUAUGGCGAUCUUAGGUCAGGCAAAUAUGAUUUUUCUAAAAUACCAAAAGAAUUUUCGUUCAUUUCACAAAUGCUAGCUCCAAACCCAAUGGAAAGACCUACCGCUGAGCAGUUAUUGAAGUUGGAUGGCGUUCAAAGAGAACUUAAUUUACUUCAUCCAUAUGUUGACUUUUAA